AUGUAUGGACUGCCUGGCGCGCGCCAAGCAAGCGCCAAUACUCCAUCUUCGGAUGAGCCUGCUGCUAAGAAGCAACGUAACCGACCCAUUUUGUCAUGUGCGAAUUGCCGACAGCGAAAGCUGCGCUGCGAUAGACAGACGCCAUGCGGUACCUGCGUCCACCGACGGGUCUACUGCGCCAAUCUUGAGCCACUGGUACAGCCUCUAACAAGAGACGCCGUCUCGAAUGUCUCGACAGGCGCAUCGCCACGCCACUCGACGCUCACGAAUCCAAGGCGGAACAGUCAGCGUCACGAUCACACUAUCGUGCGACCGGUGAUCCUCAGAGCCAGCAAAUCGCAACCCCCUCUGUUGACAUCGAGGCUGGCGAUCGAUACUUCGAUGGCGAUCAUGUCUGCCCCCUCUCUUUCGUCUGCGUUCUGGUCCAAUGCAGAAUCCGCCAGCUUCGAGUCAGAGCUACCCGGUACUUCAACGCGAUCGUUAAUGUUGCAACGCUUCUUUGCCAACGUCAAUACAGUCUUGCCACUCGUCCACCCAUGGCAUUUCGAGCGAAACUCUGGGCUGGAUCCUGCCUUGAACAGACCAUCUCUUCGAGCUUUGACGCUCGCGAUGGUUGCUCUUGGCGGUCUGACGUUCGAUGACUAUGCCCCCAUCGCUGCAAGGUGCUUCAGGAUUGCAAGGAAUUUGCUUUCGGAGCGACGAGACGAUCUUGAUCUCGAAUGGCUGACGGCAUCCACCCUCAUGCUCUUCUACGCUUCCUCUCUGAGCCUGCCUUGUGCGAGCUACAUACUUGCGCUCACGGUGAAGGCAGCCAUGCAGGCCAGAGUCCAUCACAGUGACGAACCUCGAUGGACGUCGACACUCUGGCAAAGUGAGCUCAGGAAGCGCAUAUGGUGGUCACUUGCGAUGGCAGAUAUGCUACAAGCAUCGCCGUUGCAUGCACUUGCCGCGUUUAAUCCGCGUGCUGCAGACUUCGAGUUGCCAUUGCCCAUCGACGAUACUUCACUUGAUCUUGGCCGGAGCAGUCCAGCAGCUAUACUUGUCAGCAGCAGUCCUAGUGGGCUCUCUAUGUUACGUUUCAACGAAAUGAUCAGAUUCCUUAUCCUUGCCAGAGACGCACUGGCCGCGAUCCGACUUGCCGCUUCCGCAAACAAUCUACAGCUCGCUGCGCACUGUAUCGCCCAGAUGGAAGCUCACGAGAACCGUUUCGCACAGACGAGAUCUCAGGACGAUUCGGAUAAGCGCUAUCUCACCAUAUACAGAGCCGUUCUGCGUAUAAUCGUACACCGCUCCUUAAUGGCAUGCGUGGUCGACACAGCACAAGACGCCGCCGAUGCCAGCAGACAGAUCGUGGCGGCUGCUUCUCGACGCGUCCACCGCAACAUCGAUGUCUUGUUGCAGCGUGAUGAGGCAUGGCCUCUUCUCGCCUGCUUUGCAAAUAUCGCCGACCCGAGGCAAGAAUUCAUGCCGAGUUCGCAGCGACAGCCACCGCGAAGCCCCACCAUUCCGCAGCAACAGGGACAACAGCAUCAGUCAUCCCCAAGCAUCCGACAGGAAAGCACAGAAGACGUUUCUGUUCCGUCCAGUCGCAGCGAAACGCAGGAAGGACAGUCGGUGACCUUUUUGGGUGCUGUUCCCGAUGAUUUUGGCUCGCCAGACAACUUCUUCGUUGCUGAUCAGGUGACAACAGACCUGGAGCCUUCAGAUCCCUUCGAUACUUUGCUUCUGCUUGGUGAAGACAGGUAUCAGGCGCUACGUACGCACACCGAAGAGCUUGAUUAG